AUGAAGAAAAGCAAAAAAACAAGUAAAAAGGUUAUUGACCCCCAUGUUCCCCAUGAGUAUAAAGGAGCCCCUAUAGAGAAUUCUGUAUACAAAACAGCGGCAAGGGCUGUAUCUUUAGUACAUGCUGUUAUUGAAUCGUUUGGUAAGAAUAUUCAAUGUUUUAGGAAUUUAAUAAUAUGUUCAUAUAAGUAUAGAAGAAUGUUACGAACAACUGCAAAUAAGUUUGAUGAAAUUUAUGAUAUGUUAAAAGCAGUUGUACACGAAAUAUUGAAUACCUUCGAUUUAAGAGUUACCAUAUUUAAUGUGUUUUGGCUUCGUGAGUGGACUGAAUUUAAUUAUCGUUUAACUGGAUCAAUAGGAAGAUUUUCUAUUAAUAUUACUAAGAAUACAGUAUCAUUGUUUCUUAAUAUGUAUAAGCAUUUAAAGGAUAUUUCUAAUGUACAUAUGCCUGAUUUAAUUAAGAGAGUGUAUUGUUUAGAUAAUAAAUAUAAAGUCCAAGCUGUUGAAUGUUCUGAAGAAGUUGAUGCACAAAAUGUUGUUUACAGAUAUAGUUUACUUGAGUUAAUUGAAUUGGAUUUCUAUGUUUAUUACAAAGAAAAUUUUUAUCUGUAUAAUACCAUAUGGCCAGUUGAAAUUAAAAAUAAAUCUCCUCUUUUAACAACUGAUAGUAAAGGUAGAGUUGUGAUUCCUUGGAUUGUUUUUGGAAAUUCUUUUAAUUUCUAUUUAUAUGUUUUUAAUAACUUGGCAUUAUUUGAAUGGUUUGUAUUUGAAGUAAAAAGUUUUUUAGUUUAUGUAUCAGGUUUAAUCAAGUGGUUGAAUAUCAUUGAAGAUAAACAUGUUACUAUAAGGUAUAUGUGUUGUGCGUAUUCGUUGAAAAACUUAGCUGGAGUUGUUAAAAAAGGAAUAUUUUACCUUGGAAAUAAGGUUCCCAAGGUUGUUGAAAAAGGGCUUCCUUGCCUCCCAAACGUACAAAAUGUUGCAUGUCGAAUAGUUGAUAUAGAUAUGAUUGAACAGAAUGAUGUAGUAGAGAAUGUUGCAGUAGAGAAUGCUGUAGUAGAGAAUGUUGUAGUAGAGAAUGUUGUAGUAGAGCAUAUUGUAGCAGAGAAAGUUGAAAAAAAGGUUGAAGAUGAAUUAAUGGAAAAUAUUGUUAAAGAUUGGAGAAUUUCCUUAUAUGAUAAGAGUAAAAUUAUUGCUUUACUUGCAUUGUUAUAUAAUGAGAAUGAAAGUAAUGGUGAUGAAUAUUUAGAUGUAAAUAGAGAAAGAAUUAUUAACUUGCUGUUUUUUCUUUAUAAGAAAUAUAUUGAUAAGAAAGAUUUAGAACUCUCCACUAAGUCAAAAAUCACUGAUAUUUUAUGUUUGUUGUAUUCAGUAGAUUCUACUACUAAUGAGGAUAAUAAGUUGAUGAGAAAGAAUAUUAUAGAGAUCCUUUCUGUUCUUCUUAAAAAGAAAUAUAAGAAUGAACCCUUUUUCACGAUUAAGAGAAAAAAAGUUAUUGACUUAAUAUAUUUCUUUUUCGUCACAAAAGAAAAAAAAGCUGAAGUUUCCAAUAUGAACAAAAUAGUGGAAGCAAUGAAGAAUGACAAUUCAUUUAGAAGUAUUAUUGGUAUCUUGGAUAAAAGUCUGCUUGAUAUUAAUGCCAAGGUCGAAAUUGUGUAUGAGAAGAAAAAUGAAAAAUUGCUUAGUGUUGAUGAUGAUAUGGUUACGGAUAUUCCUAAAGAGGAAGAAAUUAAAGGACUUGAAGCAGUAGCCCAGGUAAAGGAAAAUGAGUCAAUUGAAGCAGUUGAAGUAGUUGACGUAGUUGAAGCAACUGAAGUAGUUGAAACAGUUGAAGUAGUUGAAACAGUUGAAGUAGUUGAAACAGUUGAAACAGUUGAAACAGUUGAAACAGUUGAAGCAACUGAAGUAGUUGAAAUAGUUGAAGCAGUUGAAGCAAUUGAAGCAGUUGAAACAGUUAUAGUUGAAGCAAUUGAAGCAGUUGAAGUAGUUGAAGCAGUUGAAGUAGUUGAAGCAGUUGAAACAGUUGAAAAUGAGUCAAUUAAAGUAGUUUCAGAAGUUAAUGACAUUAAAGAAGUUGAAACAGCUAAUGCAUGCAAAGUUCCACCUAAACAUGUUGUUCCUAAAUCAGGAAAAAAGAAAAGAAGAUUGAAGAAAAGCAAGAAAAUAACUAAAAGUCAAUGCUUAUUUAGUGAUGGAGAAAUAGUUAAUAAUGAUUCUUCUGACAUCAGUGAAAAGGUAAAAACAAAGAAAAACGUUGCUGUAAUUAUUAGUAAGAAAAAUGUUGUUCCUGAAGCCUCAUCACAAAAAAAUGAUAAGGAUAUAACUGAUGACUUAAUUAAAACUGUUAUUAAGAAGAAGGUUAUUCACGAUGAUUCUUCAGAAGAGAGCGAAAAAGAAGUUAUUGUCAAGCAAGUUGUUAAGAAUGAAAUAAUUGAAAAUGAAGUUGUUGAAAAUGAAGUUGUUGAUUAUCCUUGUUAUCCUGAAGAUAAAAAAUUAAUUAUUUAUUAUGAAGUUGAUAAUAAAGUUGUUGAAAAUGAAGUUGUUGAAAAUGAAGUUGUUGAAAAUGAAGUUGUUGAAAAUGAGGAUAUUGAUUAUCCUUGUUAUCCUGAAGAUAAAAAAUUAAUUAUUUAUUAUGAAGUUGAUAAUAAAGUUGUUGAAAACGAAGUUGUUGAAAAUGAGGAUAUUGAUUAUCCUUGUUAUCCUGAAGAUAAAAAAUUAAUUAUUUAUUAUGAAGUUGAUAAUAAAGUUGUUGAAAACGAAGUUGUUGAAAAUGAGGAUAUUGAUUAUCCUUGUUAUCCUGAAGAUAAAAAAUUAAUUAUUUAUUAUGAAGUUGAUAAUAAAGUUGUUGAAAAUGAAGAUAUUGAUUAUCCUUGUUAUCCUGAUGAUAAAAAAUUAAUUAUUUAUUAUGAAGUUGAUAAUAACGUUGUUGUAAAUGAGGAAGAUACUUAUUAUCCUUGUUAUACUGAAGACCAAGAAAUAAUUAUUUAUUAUGAAGUUGAUGAUGAGCUUGUCGUAAAUGAAGAAAAAUGUUGCUUCAUAGAUGAUAAUGUUGCUGUUGUUGAUGAAGAAGAUAUUUAUUAUCCUUGUUGUACUGAAGAGCAAGAAAUAAUUAUUUAUUAUGAAGUUGAUAAUGAUGUUGUUGUAAAUGAGGAAAAAUGUUCAACUUUGGAUAAUAACGUUGUUGUAAAUGAGGAAGAUACUUAUUAUCCUUGUUAUACUGAAGACCAAGAAAUAAUUAUUUAUUAUGAAGUUGAUGAUGAACUUGUUGUAAAUGAAGAAAUAUGCUCUAAGUCGUACGAAAAGAUCGCUAUUACUAGUGAAGUUGAUAAUGCACCUACUAUUAAUGAUAAGACAUGUUCUACCUCGGACCCAAACGUUGUUACAACCAAUAGAGUUGAUUGUGAACAGGUUGUUAAUGAUAAGACACGUUCUACCUCGGACCCAAAUGUUGUUACAACCAAUAAAGUUAAUUGUGAACAGGUUGUUAAUGAUAAGACAUGUUCACCUGUCGUUGAAAAGGUCGUUAACAGAACGAACAAGUUGAAUGGUGCACUGAAAGUUGAUAAAAAUAUUUGUUCUUCUAAGAGUGAAAAAAUUGUUAAUGAAGUUGUAAAGAAUAAUUCGAACAAUGUUGAUAUUCCUCCAGUAAAGACAAUGAAAAAAGUUACUUUUGUUGACGCAUUAAAUAAAAGUAAAAAUGGAAUAAAAGAGAAAUUAUGUUCAUUUGUUAAUAAAAACAUUUUAAAGAGAAUACCGUUGAAGAAGAAAGUAAUAAGUGAUAGUAGUAGUGAUAAAAGUGAUGGUAAUCAUAGUAAUAAUAGUGAUCAUAGUACUAGUGAUAAUGAGACGCUGUUUGAUUAUAGGAAAAAGCUUAUUAAAGAUAUUCUUGAAAAUGAAGAGAAUGAAGUUAUUAACAACAAUUCGUCUGGUGAUUAUAAAGAAAAGGUUAUUAAUGCAAUUUUAGGUAGAGUAAAAGAAAAAGAAAUUAAAGAGGAUAUUAAUGAUAUGUCAAAAGUUGAAGCAGUAAUGAACAAUAAUAAUUCAGUUAAGCAAGAUGUAAUUUUUCAAGUACCUUCUACUCCUCAAGUAUGUACGAUUAAUCCUGAAGUAGUUAAUAGUAAUUUGAAUGUUGAAAACUCAGUAUUAUUUAUUGAGAAUCCAAUAGUUAAUGUUCUUCCUUCGAGUUUUGUUCAAUCAGUUGAAAACUCAGUAACAUUUAUUGAGAAUCCGGUAGUUCAUGUUGUUCCUUCGAUUUUUGUUCAAUCAGUUGAAACUUCCAACAAGAGAAAUUUUCUGACGAAGAAUAAAAGGAAAUGGUUACGUAGAAGAAAAAGGAAAAGAUUAUACCAAAUACAUGUUAUUAGAAAGUACGUUAAAAAAAUGAAAUCGAAAAGAAGUAAAAGAAGAAAUAGAAGAAGAAUAAUGAGAUCAAGAAGAAGAAAUGCACAAAAAAAUUGUAUGAAUGAUAAAAGAGGAAAUGUAUUUAAGAAUGAAAAGGUUUUUAUGGUUAAUUCUCCAAUGGUUCCAUCUUCGUUUAACAUGCCACAGAAAGCGUUUGAUGCUGAUUUGCAAGCAAAAAUUGAACUUGAAUAUUUUUCACAACAUCAAAAGCAGUUAGCUCAUGAAAAACUAUUAGAAGAAGAAAGGAAAUUAGCUGAGCAAGAAAGAAUUCAAAAUGAAAUGAAAUUGGAAGAAGAGAGAAGGUUGGAGUAUAUGAGGCAAUUAGAACAUGAACAAAAAAUGCAGUAUGAAAAGGAGUUAGAAGAAGUUAGAAGAAUUGAACGUCAAAAUGAAUUAGAAUGGAGAAGAAGAAAAGAGAUUUCAAAAAUGUUUAUGAAACAACAGAAUGAUAUAAGUAAGGAAAAUGUUGUUGUAACAGAGAAUAAUUUUAUUCCUGAGAAUGUUGUUGUACCUGAGAAUAGUUUUAUUCCUGAGAAUAGUUUUUUCCAUGAGAAUGUUGUUGUACCAGAGAAUAGUUUUAUUCCUGAGAAUGUUGUUGUGCCAGAGAAUGUUGUUGUACCAGAGAAUAAUUUUAUUCCUGAGAAUGUUGUUGUACCUGAGAAUAGUUUUAUUCCUGAGAAUAGUUUUAUUCCUGAGAAUAGUUUUAUUCCUGAGAAUGUUGUUGUACCAGAGAAUAGUUUUAUUCCUGAGAAUGUUGUUGUACCAGAGAAUAGUUUUAUUCCUGAGAAUGUUGUUGUGCCAGAGAAUAGUUUUAUUCCUGAGAAUGUUGUUGUACCAGAGAAUAGUUUUAUUCCUGAGAAUGUUGUUGUACCAGAGAAUAGUUUUAUUCCUGAGAAUGUUGUUGUACCAGAGAAUAGUUUUAUUCCUGAGAAUGUUGUUGUACCAGAGAAUAGUUUUAUUCCUGAGAAUGUUGUUGUGCCAGAGAAUGUUGUUGUACCAGAGAAUAAUUUUAUUCCUGAGAAUGUUGUUGUACCUGAGAAUAGUUUUAUUCCUGAGAAUAGUUUUAUUCCUGAGAAUAGUUUUAUUCCUGAGAAUAGUUUUAUUCCUGAGAAUAGUUUUAUUCCUGAGAAUGUUGUUGUGCCAGAGAAUGUUGUUGUACCAGAGAAUAAUUUUAUUCCUGAGAAUGUUGUUGUACCUGAGAAUAGUUUUAUUCCUGAGAAUAGUUUUAUUCCUGAGAAUGUUGUUGUACCAGAGAAUAGUUUUAUUCCUGAGAAUGUUGUUGUACCAGAGAAUAGUUUUAUUCCUGAGAAUGUUGUUGUGCCAGAGAAUAGUUUUAUUCCUGAGAAUGUUGUUGUACCAGAGAAUAGUUUUAUUCCUGAGAAUGUUGUUGUGCCAGGGAAUAGUUUUUUCCCUGAAAAUGUUGUUGUGCCAGAGAAUAGUUUUAUUCCCGAAAAUGUUGUUGUACCAGAGAAUAGUUUUAUUCCCGAAAAUGUUGUUGUACCAGAGAAUAGUUUUAUUCCCGAAAAUGUUGUUGUACCAGAGAAUAAUUUUAUUCCUGAGAAUGUUGUUGUGCCAGGGAAUAGUUUUUUCCCUGAAAAUGUUGUGCCAGAGAAUAAUUUUAUUCCUGAGAAUGUUGUUGUACCUGAGAAUAGUUUUAUUCCUGAGAAUAAUUUUAUUCCUGAAAAUGUUGUUGUACCAGAGAAUAUUAUAAACUUGGAGAAUAACACAAACACGGAGAAUUAUGCUGAAAAAUCCGAUGAUGAUAUAAAUGAAAAAUAUAUUAGUCCACCUGACAAUAUGAACGAAAGGAACUUUUUUAAAAGAGAAUGUGAUGAGGAUUAUGAUAAAAUUUUCAAUGAACAACGAGGUACUUGCGCAAAUGAUGAAAACCCUCCUGUAUAUUUUAAUGAAGAGAAUUAUAUGUAUGAACAGAAUUUUCUUAAUGAAGAAAAAAUUAAGAAAGAAGAAGAAUCAAUGAAGAGAGAAGAAAUAGAUUAUAAUAAUCCUUAUGCAGAAGAUCAAACGAAUGUUAAAGAAGAGAAUCUUUUUAACAAUCAGUUUGUAAAUGAAGCAUUGAAUAAUAAUCAAGAAAAUGUUGAGAAGAACAACAAUGUUGUUAAUGAAGAACCUAAUAAGAAGGUAUCAAACAACAUAGAUGAUUUUGUUAAUGCUGAUGAAUUUCUUGAUACAGAUUCGGAAUUACCAGAAGUGAAUCCUUUUGAAAAUAAAACAGAGUCAAAAGAAGAGAGUUCUGAUAGCGAUGCGUCAUGUACCACAAAUGGUGACAAUCGAAGGAAUAGAGAUGUUGAAACAAGUUUUGAUGAUGACUAUGCUUCUGCUAGUAUAACUAGAUCAUCGUGUAGUUAUGAAGAAGAAUUUGUUGAUGUUGACAAUAGUGAUAUGGAAUAUUCUGUAAUGUUUCCAAAUAGAAAGAGAGUAGAUUAUCAUCAUGAUUUCGCUGAUAUUUUAAAUAAAAUGCCAUUUCCUGACACAUAUAUGGUUCCUAAUCCCAAUGAAUAUAUUGAGAAUGAGAAUUACACAAAAUUGAGGAUUAACUAUCCUGUAAAGGAUACAUCAGAUAAAAUAAUGUCUUAUCUAAAAGAAAAGGAUGCCAUAUUAGUUCACAAAUGGGAACAAAUACAGGAAUUUUUGUAUCAAACAGUAAAAUUUUUUAAAGCUUUGAAAGAUCGUGUUAAAAGAAAGUUUAAGUAUUCCAAAAGGGUAAGUACAUAUCAUUAUUAUGCGCACAGAAUAUAUGAACUUAUGCCUAAGUUAAGUUUUUCCACAUGUAAGAAAGUAUAUAUGUAUUUGGAUGAUGUGAAGCCACAUGUAUUAAAUGAAUUAGCACGAGAUGAUUUCAUAGAAGAAAAUACUACAAGAAAUUUAUCGUAUGAAAUAAAGAAGAGUGAGAAAUUAACAACGAAGGCAAUACGUUUACAUUUCAUUAUUUGUGUAGAUUUUUUGAUUGAAAAUAUGAAUAUAAUUAUAGAUUCAGGUAAUAAACAGAAGGAAUUAAUUAAAUAUAAGGAAUUUUAUUUUAGUCAAUUGGGCAAUUUAGUACCAUUUUAUGACACCAAGCAUCCAUACAUUUUGGAGCUUGAAAAAUUACAGAAAGGAUUAUAUCUUUUAGUAUUUAGAUUAGAAGAAGCAAUGUUGUUCAUUAAGUAUUGUGAUUAUGAUAUGGAUAGAAUAAUAAGAGGUUCAAGUUCUCAUUUCAAUUGUUUUAAUUUAAUUCUAUGUCAUUGGAUUUUUAGAUUGAGAAGAGUUUGUACAGAUUCAGGUAAAGAAUGGGUAUUUCCUAGUGAGUUAUUUGCAGAUGUACAUAAAGAAUCUAUGAUUACUAAUGCUGCAAGAACUGAUCAAUCUCUGAAAAGAACCAAACCACCUGUUGAUGAUUCAUUAAUAAUUGAAGUUUUGUUAAAGUAUAAGAAUUCUAUAGAGGAUGGUAGCUUGCGUCCUUAUGAUGAAAGAUGUAUUAGACAAUCUAGGGCCAUGUUCAAAGUUUAUUUGUGUACCAAAUUAUUAUAUGAUAGAGUAUGUGAAGAAUUAGCAUUAUACGACGUUGAAGUAAUAAUAAAUAAUGAUUUGUUUGAAGUUAUUUGUUCUAAACAUUUUGAUAUACUUCACUCAUGGGACCGAAUAUCUAAGUUGAAUGAGGAAAUAAACAAGUGGAAUUUAUGUAACAAACCUUUAUUAGAAGAAGUACCGAAUUUAUAUUUAGACGUGUUUAGGAGAAAUUCUGGCGAUGAAGAACCAAGAUAUGAUGCCUUUGACAGACUUAUGAAUAUCCACUUAGAAGCCACUAGAGUAGAAAGAGAUGAAAGUCAUACUAAGUAUCUUGCUAAAUGUCAAGGGGUUGAAUUUAUAGAUAAUAAAGACGUAAAUAUUAAUGUUUCGAAAAAAGAAGAAGCAUUACCAAAUGUGGAACAUGUACAAAAUAAUAAUGUGAAUGAGGAAAAUAUAAAAGUUGAAUUUUGUAAUGAUGUAUAUGAAGCAAAAGAACAAACAAUUGAAGUACCAUUAGUUGAAGAGGUACAAGAUAAUAAGUACGAAGAAGAUAAUAAUUUAAUUAACAAACAAGUGAACGAGGAAAAUAUAAAAGUUGAAUUUUGUAAUGAUGUAUAUGAAGCAAAAGAACAAACAGUUGAACAACCAUUAGAUGAAAAAGUACUAACUAAUAAGAAGGAAGAAAAUAGUAAUUUAUUUAAUAAUAUAUAUGCAGGUUCUCAAAAUCAAUUAGAACCAUGUGUUGAAAAUGUACAAAAGGAUAAUAAUUCAUUACAACCAGAACAAUUAUUUAAUAACAAUUUACCUCAAGCAACUUCACCAGUAUUUGAAAAUGUACAAUAUUCAGAAAAUUAUUCACAUUUACAUAACCGUCCAUUAUUUGGAAUUCCAGAGAUUAGUUAUCAUUCCGGAAGGCUCAAUACAUUACUAUCCAAGAAUGACAAAUGUAAUAAUAUUCCAUCAAACAAAUCAGACAUGAACAAUUCAGAAAUGAAUUUAUUUCCAUCAAACAAAUUAGACACGAACACACAAAAAUUAAACUUAUUUCCAUCAAACAAAUUAGACGCGAACACGCCAAAAUUUAGCUUAUUUUCAUCAAACAAAUUAGACACGAACAAUUCAGAAAUGAAUUUAUUUCCAUCAAACAAAUUAGAUGAGAACACUCCAAAAUUUAGCUUAUUUUCAUCAAACAAAUUAGACACGAACAAUUCAGAAAUGAAUCUAUUUCCAUCAAACAAAUUAGAUGCGAACACGCCAAAAUUUAGCUUAUUUUCAUCAAACAAAUUAGACACGAACAAUUCAGAAAUGAAUCUAUUUCCAUCAAACAAAUUAGAUGCGAACACGCCAAAAUUUAGCUUAUUUUCAUCAAACAAAUUAGACACGAACAAUUCAGAAAUGAAUUUAUUUCCAUCAAACAAAUUAGAUGAGAACACUCCAAAAUUUAGCUUAUUUUCAUCAAACAAAUUAGACACGAACAAUUCAGAAAUGAAUCUAUUUCCAUCAAACAAAUUAGAUGCGAACACGCCAAAAUUUAGCUUAUAUUCGUCAAACAAUUUAGACACGAACAAUUCAGAAAUGAAUCUAUUUCCAUCAAACAAAUUAGAUGCGAACACGCCAAAAUUUAGCUUAUAUUCGUCAAACAAUUUAGACACGAACAAUUCAGAAAUGAAUCUAUUUCCAUCAAACAAAUUAGAUGCGAACACGCCAAAAUUUAGCUUAUAUUCGUCAAACAAUUUAGACACGAACAAUUCAGAAAUGAAUCUAUUUCCAUCAAACAAAUUAGACACGAACACGCCAAAAUUUAGCUUAUAUUCGUCAAACAAUUUAGACACGAACACACAAAAAUUAAACUUAUUUCCAUCAAACAAAUUAGACGCGAACACGCCAAAAUUUAGCUUAUAUUCAUCAAACAAUUUAGACACGAACAAUUCAGAAAUGAAUCUAUUUCCAUCAAACAAAUUAGAUGCGAACACGCCAAAAUUUAGCUUAUAUUCGUCAAACAAUUUAGACACGAACAAUUCAGAAAUGAAUCUAUUUCCAUCAAACAAAUUAGAUGCGAACACGCCAAAAUUUAGCUUAUAUUCAUCAAACAAUUUAGACACGAACAAUUCAGAAAUGAAUCUAUUUCCAUCAAACAAAUUAGAUGCGAACACGCCAAAAUUUAGCUUAUAUUCAUCAAACAAUUUAGACACGAACAAUUCAGAAAUGAAUCUAUUUCCAUCAAACAAAUUAGACACGAACACGCCAAAUUUUAGCUUAUAUUCGUCAAACAAUUUAGACUUUAAUAACCAAUUUGAUUCCAAUUUAACUCCAUGUAAUAGAUUCGAAUCUAAUAAUUUAAUAUCAUCCAAUAAUAUAUUAUAUGAUUAUGAAUCACAUGGCUUAGAAUCGACAAACAAUUAUACAUUUGAAGAAGCCCAAGAGGAUUCAAAUUUACUUACUCCAUCUUUUGGAAAUAUCUAUUUUGAUAUAGAGUCCCAAUGUAUUGAAAUAGUAAAUAAACAUCAAAAUGAUUUAGAAAUGUGUACUCCAUCAUUUGGAAAUGAAUAUGGAGAAUUAAAUUAUGAAGAUAAUAAUAAAUUCAAUGAGGUACACAACAAUAUGGAAUCAACCAUUCAGACUGAAGAUAAUAUUUUAUAUAAUAUAAGAACUAAAUCAUUAAAACGAGGAAGAGAUAAUUCAGAUGAGAAUGUACAAUCUGAUACAGCUUUUGUAAAUGUUGUAUCGACAAAAACAGAUUUAGAAUCUGGAACAUAUGAUAAUAUAAUGGAUGAAAACAAAAUGAAUCAUAUUGAUAAUAAAUUUUAUUCUUUUGAAAAGGAACAACCAGAAACAUAUGAAAAUAAUUCUGAUUCAAAAAAUUUGAAUUAUAUAGAUGUUAUGGAUUUUAAUAUAUAUAAAGAAGGACAUAAACAAACAUGUAAUCUUCCAAAGGUAUCUGUGUGUACAGAACCAGUAGAUGGACAACAUGAAAAAGAAGCCUCCACUAUAGAAAUAGAAAAUGUGAUUAUUUGUACAAAUGAAGAUGAAAUUAAUACUACCCAAGAUAUACCAAGUAUGGAGGAUGAAAGAGAUAUAUGUGCAUCUACGGAAGUACAAAUUAAUGAUUCAAAAGAAGAGCAAGUAGAACAAGUGGAACAAAUAGAACAAGUAGAACAAGUGGAACAAAUAGAACAAGUAGAAUUAGAAAUUAUGACAAGUCCUAUAAAUGAAGUUAAAGAUAUUACUUCCAUAGAAUUAUCUAAUGAAGUAUUAACAACCAAUGUAAUGGAUAUACAUAAUUGUUCCUUAGAUAUUAGUAAAAGAAAAAAUACAACAGAUAUAGCUUUAGGAGAAUCUGAAUGUGAAAUGGUUGUAAAGAGAAUAAAUAUUAAGAAUAGAAAAAUAAAUAAAAAUAAAAGGAACAUAAAAAAUAAACGUAUAUCAUUAUAUAAAAUUAAAAUUUCUAACAUUGAAUCAGUAUUAAAUCAAUAUGAUGAUAAUUUAAAAAAUAUUAUUAGUGUGGUUCCAGCUAAGGCUGAAGAAUCUACAAAUGAAUCUGAAGUCAUAAAGACUGAAGAUAAAAAUAUUAUGAAUGAUGUUCCAGUAACACAAGAAGAAUUUGAUAUAAAACCAGAAGUAGUAGAAUCUAAUCUCAUCGAAUCAAAUAAUAAUAAUAAUAAUAACAAAAAAUCAAAGAAUAUGAAUAUAGUCAAAAAUCGAAGUAUGGUAGUUCAUUAUAUUAAUCAAGUUAUAUAUUUUUUUAAUAGCAUAAGAUAUAGUAACUUUAAUUUAUCUAUUGAUUUAAAUAUGAUUAACCUUAACAAGAAAAAUUCUAAAAUUACUACAGAUAAAUUGAUAAAAUCUAAAUGUAUUCAUAAUAGAUCAAUGAGUUCAAUCAUCAAAAAAUAUAACAGUAUGAAAAUCAAAAGAAGUGUAAUAAAGAAGAUAUCUAUGAAAAAUAUUAUUCAAAAGGAAACUGAGAAGAAGCAAGAUACUGUUAAGGAGGUGAAGAACAAUUUGAAAAGGAAAUCAGAUGCUAAUAAAAAAAAUAAAAAUAAUAAAAAAAAUAAUAAGGUUAAGUAUAAUAAAAUGAAAAAAAAUAUGUAUAGCACAAAUUUAAUUAUUCAUUAUGUAUUCUCCAAAUUUUAUCGUCUUCAUACUAUUAAAUUCAAAAAAUUUCUAAGGAAAUUUAAAAAGGUAUCUAUGACCAAGAAAUCUACUUUAUCAAAUAUACAAGAAGUUAAAGCAGAUGUAAAGGACAGUACAUUAGAAAUAAAAUCACCUGAACAAAAUGUAAAUGGACAUAAAAGAAAGGAUAUUAAUGUUUCUGUUGUAAGUACAGAAUAUAUAUGCUCCAGGUAUAAGAAAAGAAUAUGUGCUGGACGUGAUGAUUCUGAGAAUAAUGUAUCUAUCAAAAAAAAUGUGAAAGAAGAUAAUGUAGAUAAGGAAGAAGACAAAAAUGUAAUUGUAGAUGAUGUCGUAGAAAAAUAUAUUAUAGAUAAGGUCAUCGUAGAUUAUCUUAAAGAGGAUUCAGAUAAAUCUGUGAAAAAACAUACUAGGAAAAAUAAUAUCAAUAGUAGAAGAAAAAGAAAACGAUUUAUGUUAGAUAAAGA